CUCACCCAGCAGCUGGAGAGGUUCGGGGGGACCCGGGUCCCCUCCCGACGGGGACGGCCGGGCGGGAGCCACACCCGGGCGGCUCCAGCCCUUGCCGGGCACAGCGGGAGCGCGGGGCUGCGGGAGGAGGCGAGGUUGGCUGUCAGAGGGCUGCACCUGCGGGCGUCACUGCGAGCCUGCCCGUGCCCCGGGUGAGUGUCAGUGCAGGGCUGUGCGGGCUCGGUGCGGUGUGUUCGCUCCCUGCCCGAGCCAGGAGCCGAGCCCGCGGCACCGGGAGCGGGACUUCAACCUCCCAGCUCCACCGGGCUGCGGAGUUGGCAUCGGCAGCCCUUGGCGGCGGCGGGGAUGCUGCUGCUUGUACGUGCUCUUCGUCUCCUGCCGAGGUUCUUGGUGGUGGAUCUUGCCCGCCAGGGAUGCCGUCUGUGAUGUUUGUGCCGUGGGAGGGAUGCGAAGGCGCUCAGUUGUCCCUGUCAUCACUGAGCAGAUUUCAUGGUAGGUGAAAUUCCCAAAUCUUUGUUCGCGAAGCCCAGCCAUGAGAUGAGAGAGGGAUGAGCACACUCGAGUGUUUGUUGUCCCAGAGCCUGGAAAGCAGAAUAGGUAGUUUGAAAUAAGUAUACCCAGCUGUUUUGUGGUUCCAAACUACAAUUAUUCAGGAAGUUGAUUCUGCAGCUGCUCAUGAAUGCAGUCUGAAGGCCUGCAGUGUGUCGGUGAGCAUCGGUCAGGACCCGAGGGCAUCCAGUAACCAGGAAAAUGACUGGCUUCCUCAAGGAACAAACAAAGGAGAAACCUUUAUUACUUGUGUAGCUGGAAGGCAAAGCAAUACAAUCUUGCCACCCGGUUAAUUUAAAGAAGCAUUUUUCAAAAUACCUCUUGACUGUGUGGAUCUUGCAACUCUGACACAAACGUGCCUUUGGACUUGUGCAAAUAAAUCAUUGGAAGAACGGAUUGGGCAAAGUGGUCGUUGAAGGAGUGACUGUUGGAGAACCAUGACGAAGCACCUGGAGAUGAUCAAUUUGUCAUUUUUGUUGGAACAUGAAAGGGAAACAAUACUGGGAGUACUGAAGAGAGAUGAAUAUUUGAAAAAAGUUGAAGAUAAAAGAAUAAGGAAAUUGAAAAAUGAGCUUCUGGAAGUGAGAAGGAAAGGCGGAAACCGUCACUGUCAACAGGACAACAGUAGGGUCUGUGUUCGCUGUCAGAAAAGCCUGGGCUUAAUCUUCGACAGAGGAGACCUGUGCCAAACCUGCAAGCUUCGAGUCUGCAGUAAUUGCCGUGUUGUGGGAACUGACGGGCAGUGGAAGUGCUCGGUGUGUGCCAAGAUUGCGCAGCUACGGAUAGUGACGGGAGAAUGGUUUUUUGAGGAGAGAGCAAAGCGAUUCAAGCAGUCAAAUCUUGGAACUGAUGUUGUCAGACAAUCUAUCCUACACAAAUUCCCAGAUACAGUUUCAAAUACAGAUGAAGAAAGAACAUUCAAAGAUCAACCCCAAGAGAAUGAAGAACAAAAGCCAGAUGUAUCAGUCUCCUCCACAAGUGGGCAUAAGUCAGUCUUCAGCAGACCUAGAAAGAUAGGGAAGAUAAUCAGGGCAGUUACCAAAGGAGAAAUUACAUAUGCAAAAGAUGGAGGUGAGAGGAAUACAGGCUCAGAAGCUGAAACCCAAAGUCUGCGUAGUGGCAAGUCAGCACCAUGCUCUGAGAGAGGGAGCACUCUUUCACUGAACAGCAGUGUUGUGGAGGCUGCUGCAGGUCAUCUGAGAGGGGCUGUGGGUCCUGUGAGGGGGGGCAGUGCUCCCAUACCUUCCCUCCCGAGGUCUCCAGCGCUCAGCACGCGCAGCAUGACUGCAGAUUAUAGCAGGGACACUGGCUUAGAAAAUGGCAUGAUUAUUCCAGCAAGUGAAAGUGUCCCUGAAGAUUUAGUAAAGAAGCACUGUAGGAAAGCAUCUGGAACACCUUCCAUUGCAGUUUCUAGGAUAUCUUUGUCAUCAGACCGUAGCCGAUCUGAGAUAGAUUUGAGUGAAUCCUUCUCUGAAGGAAAUGAGGAUACUCUGAGCAUAAGAAGCAAAUCUGUACCUAGUGCCUUAGAUCAGGAACUGGAUUAUCUGGAUGAAAGAGAAGAAGAUAUUGAUGCCAUAGUGGCCUCUCGUUAUUCAAGAAAACAGGAACAUAUGGCAAGUGGACUAUCAACAAACUCCCCAGAAGGCUCUGACAGAAAAUGGACAUAUUUAAAUGUGCCUGAAAAAGACGGCGAUACUACAAGCAUUAACAGCAUGCUCAGUGUGUAUAGUGAAACUGGUGACUAUGGCAACGUGAAGGUCAGCGGUGAAAUCCUUCUCAGUAUCAACUAUAUCUACAGAACAGGUGCCCUCAACAUCCUGGUGAAGAGCUGCAGAAACCUGGCCAUUGGAGAUGAGAAGAAGCAAAGGACAGAUCCAUAUGUCAAGGCGUACCUUCUGCCUGAUAAGUCCCGCCAAAGUAAGCGCAAGACCAAAAUUAAAAGCAACAGCACCAAUCCAGAAUUUAAUGAGAUGCUGAAGUAUGUCAUCAGUCACACACAGCUGGAAACCAGGACCCUACAGCUUUCUGUCUGGCAUUAUGACAGAUUUGGACGCAACAGCUUCCUUGGGGAAGUGGAAAUUCCAUUCGAUUCCUGGAACUUUGAAAAUCAGGGCGAUGAGUGGUUUGUGCUUCAGCCCAAGGUGGAGGUUGCAACCGAUUUUGGACUUCAAUAUAAAGGAGAGCUGACAGUUGUUUUACGUUACAUUCCCCCAGACAGAAACCUAAUGCUUCCUCUAGGGCAGUUUCAAGGAAAGAAGAGCUUUAAAAAAGGAAAAAAAGGAGAUCCUCACCUGCCAUCUGGAGGUAUAUUAGAAGUCCUCAUCAAAGAAGCAAAGAAUUUAACAGCAGUGAAAUCAGGAGGCACAUCUGACACUUUUGUGAAAGGAUACCUGCUCCCAGAUGACAGCAAAGCUACAAAACACAAAACUCCCAUAGUAAAAAAGAGCGUGAACCCCCAGUGGAAUCAUACCUUUGCCUUCAGUGGCUUGAAUUCAAGGGAUAUACGGAAUGUCUGCCUAGAACUGACUGUGUGGGACAAGGAGUCACUUUCCAGCAAUAUUUUUUUGGGAGGUGUCCGUUUGAGCACUGGAAAUGGUGUAAGUAACGGCAAAGAGGUUGACUGGAUGGACUCUCAGGGGGAAGAGCAGCACCUCUGGCAGAGGAUGAUUGACAGUCCGGGAGUUCCAGUGGAGGGGAUAUUAAUGCUGAGAUCCAGCAUGGGAAAACGCAGACUCUGAAAGACUUUAACUGCUGAGGGGUACAACAUAUGCUCCUGACUUCAGUGGUGUUCAGGCUGUUGCCACUUUGCCCAUUUGAACAAGGGGAAGGGUCGUACUCUUGGAUGUUAAGGCUCCAAGUGAGAUUCCAAUGCAUUCUGCACUUUCAUGCAUACAUUUUUUACCCAGGUUUCCUGUGUGAAUUAUAUUUCCCCUGAAGCCAGUGAGAAUUGGACCUUGUACAGAGAUGGGACUGGCUUUUUCUGUCCCUUCUGGUGACUGGUGUGCAGAUGAUGAGCACUUCUGCUUGGGGGAUGCUCAGAGUGAGCAAAUUCUCUAGCUGGUAAUUUAAAAAGUAACACCAGGUUUACACAUCUCCUUCUGGGUCAAAGAUGGCCUAGAAGGCAGCACUGGUACAGUGCAAGCAGAUUCGGAGUGAGUCUGUGCUGUGGUAUUUGAAAGUUAAAGAGCCAUAAUGGUAUGAAGGGUAACAAACAGCACUUCUUUGUCAUGUUUACUUGCUGGGCUGUGCAGAGGUGCACUUGGGUCCAAGCAGCCAAUCAAGGAAGGACAGUGGAGUGUUUGGCACACUAGAAAUGGGCAGCAGGUGAGCAGUGCUGGUGAACAGGCAUUCUCGGGGGUGUUUUAAUGCACCGUAUAAAAGGUAGACUUCGUUCAAUGUAAGCAAAGAAGCUCUAAUGAAAACAAAAUGUAACAAAUCCUCAAACAGUUUUCAGAACUAUAUGAUAUUAUUGUGUUUCCAUUCAGUUGACAGCUCUAACAGGAUCUUCUGAUGUCACUGAACAGAUGGAGUAUGUCUGCUCCACAUGCCUGUCCCCAUCUAUGUUGCUGAGAUAAGACAUAUACCAGGUUUGGACGUAAUUAGAUAAGAACUUUAUUCAAGAGAUCAUGUAGUAAAAUAACGAGAUUGAAGCACAUGCCAAAAUGAUUUGCAAAACUGUGGAAUUUUCCCUGGAAGGUCUGGGAUCCCACUCAGAUGUGCCCAUGCAUAAUAAUUAUUAACCAGAGUAGGAAUUUUUUCUCCUGAACAUCCCUCUGUGAGUUAACAGUGGAUUUGAUUAUAUGUGGGUCUUGGCCAGUUCAAUCAUUAAUCUGAUUGACCGUGACAAUUGUUCAACAGUAAUUUUGCCAUUUGGAUUCCGAAAGUGAUUUUUCCACCUAUUCGGAUCCCUCAUCCUUUAGGGACCUACACAGGUCAUUUGUGAAGAGCAUGCUGCUUUGAAUAGCUGUUGUGGGCUAAUUCUACCAUAAUGAAAUAGGAUUAUAAUGUUUUCUCAAGGACAGCAUAUGUCCUUGAGAUAUUAUCCUAUUGGAUAAUGACAUAGUUGUAUGGCAUGUGAUUUCUCAGGGUAUAAGACAAAGGAAGAUCAGGAAACUGAAAGAAAAACAUUUCUUCUGGAUUUUCCAGAGUUAGAACACAGCUUUCUAUUUGUACUGGUAAAUUAAUCUAUAACUUUUCUUCUCUUUUUUAUUUUGGAAAUAUAGUAUUAGUACUAAGGAAACAGUUUGAAAUACAUGGAAAUUUAUGUAGAUUACUGGAAAAAACCACAAACUAUCAAAGAAUGUGUCAUUGCCUGUAGAUCAAAACACCAGUAUUCAAAUAUUUCUGUGAAGAAAAAGACCAUAAAAUCUAACUUGAGAGAUCUAAAUGUUCUGCACAAUCCAGAAAUUGCAAGAAAUCUAGAUUGAACAACAGAAUAUGAACUGAUAGCUAAGUAACUACAGCAGGAAAUUUUGACAUCUGUAAUUGUACAAUUGCAUACAAGUAUUUAGAGCUGAAUUCAAAACCUUAAAAUUUAAUGUCCUUUUUUUUUAAGAUAUUUUAUACUGUUUUUUGUUUGACUGGCUGGAAACUACAAGGAAGUUCACAACCAGUCUUUUAAAAUUCUAAUAUUAUUGGACAAAAAAUAUUUAUUUAUGUUAAAAAUAGCAGUUUUAAUAAAAUUAUUUAUUUCACUAUGAAUAUUUUCUAUCAAAAUUAUGAUAUGACUUUUAGAAGUCAUUGGAGGUAUUGCUUGUCCAGUUGGAGACUCACAGUUUUCAGAAACUAUUGAGUAAUCUUUCAAAAUAAAAUUCUCUUAGAGAAGCUCAGAUUGAUAGCCAAAAUUCAGAAGCUACUCAAGAAAAGUGACUUCAUUCUCCUUCUUUAUUCUUCGUUUUCUUCAGAAGUUUGGCUCCAAAAGGGCAGUGAAACAAGUCUAGUGUAAUUUACCUGGCUUUUCCUUUUUCUAACCUAAACAAUUCUAUGAUUCUACAAUUCUGUGCCACAGAUGCUGUGAGCUGAUAAAUUAGAGCACAAAUAUGAAGCACAUAACAUUUUAUGACCUUUUUCUGAUCAUAAUAGUCUGUCUUUAAGUAUUAGAUAAUUUUUUUUAAUCAGUAUUUUUGAAAGUGAAACCAAACCUAACUUUUGGCACCUAAGCUACCUCUGGCUUUAACACAAUUGUUAUAAGUUGUCUUGGUUGUUUGUACUAAAACUGAAUUUAUUUUGGGAAUAAUGAUAUCACAUGGACAUGUAGGCACAAACUUGAUUUUUUUUUCUUGCUAGAUUGUUGAUUCAAACAGAUAAAGCUUGCUGAAUCUAAAGAAAAUUAUCAUUUGAGAUAAAAUUCCAGCCAGAGUUGUAGAGGAACACUGGGCUUGGAUGGUUUGCUUUUGUUUCAUUUUGAUGGUGAAAAUGAGAAAAAUAGUAAGAACACAAAACUCUUCCAAGCCAGACCUCAAACUGGGCACUUUUUCAUUUGCCAAAUUGAAAACCUUAAAAUAAUUUUGAACUGAAUUUGCUCUUGCAUGGAGUACAAGAGUUUGUCUAAUUUUUUUGAAUGGUACUUCCUAACCUUCUAAGCAUGAACAUCUUAGCUAAAUCAGGUCUUUCUCUGAAAGAAAAAAAGUUUACUGCUUCAACUUCUGCCCAUUUUGGUGCUAUGGUAGAGUUUGUGAUGAGUGGUCUCUUCUGGGAGGUGUCACCCAGUGCAUACACGGACUUCAAGUUCUGCCUUUUCCUUCCAAAGGGCCAAAUGUCACCUGAGCCCACACCUGAUAUUACAGGCUGGGCUAUGAAUAGGCUGCAGGGAUCAACUGCAGUUCAGCAUAUGAAAGGAACGAUUUCACCUGGGACGCAAUUUUGGUCAAGGCGCUGGUUUUUGCCAUUGAUGAGAUUUGGAGCAGCACAGUGAAAUUACCUCCUGGUUUAGCAGUGACAGUUCUGCAGUAUGAUAGCACAUAAUAGACGUCACACCCAUCAUAGCCUGGGAGAGAUGAUGAGCAUCAAAUAAACACUGGAGCAAUUUGGAAUGUUUUGCUGCUCUGGGAUGUUAUCGGCACAUUUGUAGGAAGCGUCUGAUUUACGGAAAAUGUCGCAUUUAAUUAUAUCUCUCAUAUCUUUGUUCUCUCCUUCUACAAAAAUGGUUUAUGGUUUGGAAAAAGCACAAGAUGAUUAACCGCAGAUGUGAUUUCUUGUUUCCCGGAUAUUUGAAUUAAUUGCCUAUAAUUGUGUGUCAUCAUGUUCUGUGUGUUACCAGGCUGAACAAAAAGACAGAAAGACAGGAAUUACACUAAAGCCUUCCUUUUCCAUCUAUCUGUGUUUAUGGUAUUGAAGGUUCAUGAAUGGUUUAUUCGUGGAUAAUUCUUAGGAGGAAAUAACCACAAUUUUACCAUUGAUUCAUAAACUCCUGCCCUGAGUAAAAAGAUACAACAGAGCUUAUGUUUCUGAAGUCUUUUUCCACACAGACCUGAAUAACUGAAGCUGCAUCAGUGGAGAAGAAAUCAGCUCUGUGCUUUUAGAAAAUGUAUUACAAACCACAUUUUACUCUGAUACGUAAUUUUUUAGCAAGGUAAGUACAAGGUGUUCAUCAUUAUCUUUUCCCCCUUGUGAUGAGAGUUUGAGAGUUCAACCCACUAAAGAAGAAUAAAAGUGCAACUUUUCCUGUAAAAGGUCAAGUGGGGCCAGUAAAUACAUCUACAGACUGGGCCAGUAUCUAUCAAAAAAAGCUGAUGCUAAGGGCUCUCCAAGCCCUGCCAUCAGACUUUGGUAUCCAGCCUAGUUCUCUAGAGGUUUCUCUACUCAGUUUGUCAACUAUCUGGGAACUUUGGGCUUCUAAAUAUUGGUGCUCUUGCAUUUUUAGAUACCAAAAGCAGGGUAAAAUAGGUAUGAAAUGACCUCCCCAUCUCCUCCACCUCCAUCAUGUUACGUUUGAGUGACAGUAGGAGGAAAGUUGCAAAGACUCUGAGAGACACUGUUGCCAUCUUCCUUUGCUAAUCCAAGUGCCAUUGCCUUCUGUGGAUGCCUUUUAGAUUCCAGUUUUUCGUCUUUCUGUCCCAGCUGGAUGCUUUGGCAGAUGACUUAAGAGAGAAGGCAUUGGGAUGGUGAGCAUGUUUUGAUCAUGGUGCAUUAGAUUGGAAAGUUAUUCUUCUGUGUCUCUUCUAAUUCAGAUUAUGCUAAGGUAGCAUGAAGGUAGUAUUUUUAUAUAUUAAUUUUUGAUUUUUCUCAUCCUUACUGGUUAGGCCCUGCUAAGUGCAAUUAUUCUAAAUUGUAUUCUGCAAAAUAUCAACUCAAUUGUAACAGCAGAGCAGCCUUUGAGCAUUCACUGGUAUGAAACAUUAAGAACAGGUAACAGGGGGGUUGAGCUUAAUCUUGGCAUAAUUUUGGCUUCUUGAGGAGUAUGUACAGUGCCCAGCUUCAGGCAUGUGAAGUUUGCAUUUUGUUCUACAGAGUCAAUGAAGAGAAAGGCUGCUUGGAUCUCUUACACCUUCGGAAAAGAGGUGAGAGUCCUAUUUCCACAGCUGCCUAGUUUGUGGAUUCACACAAGACAGUAAAGGUUGUAUCUGAAUCUUUGCAAGGGUCUCUCUUCCCUUCCUCCCUUCAUUUGGUUCAGUAGCCCUGACCAGAAGGUUCUACCUAAACACUAAUCUUCAGUUUCUGGAAAGAGGCACCAUGCAGAAGUGAAGUGACAGCCCCACUUACUGUCAUCCAUACAAGGUUAAGACUGAAAUUUUACUUCCUUAACACAGUAUUGAUUUACAGCACUUUGCCACAAUGACAGAAAUAAGCAUCUCCUGAAAACUGUCCAUGCACUUUAUAAAAUAAUUUUUUUAAAGUAAGAAAAAAAAAUUGUAUUUUUAUUUAUUUAUUUUUUACACAUAGAGGUGUUAACAUUGGAGAACCCUAGAGAACUCUUGGUAGAAUAUGUGGUAAAUUCCAAAAUAGGAUGCAGACUUUGAUUUGCAGUGAUGCCCUUCACCUCAGCUCAGCAGGAGGUGCUGAGAAGUAUGCUACCAGAACCUUACCACUGUGUCCCAUAAAUUUCCUGCCUGGUGAUUUCAUGCUUGCAAAUGCUGUUUAAUAAGUGGUAAUAAUACAGUGUUAAUCAUACUGUGUAUAUUGACACUGACACUGGAAACUGAAUCUCAACUUGCUUUUUAGGUGUUUUUGUGUUGCUUUUGAACCUUACCCUCGCUGCAUCUUGGCCCUUUAUUUAGGUUAGUUAUUUCAACAAUUCCACUUUGUGGCAAUAACAUAUAUAUGGCUGUGUGCUACUGCUCCUGACUGCUCAGUGUAUAUUUUUGAGGAUAGUCCUAUUCUUGAGGUUUGCCUAAAGCCAAGCAUAGUCAUUUGUUGCAGCAUUUAUGAAAUGUCACAUAUCCCUCGUUCUGCCUUUGUUCUGCUUAAAAUCUGUUGCUAGCAAUUUGUUUAAUUAUGCUGCUGGACAUGAACAGUAGUAGUACUAAAUGGCAUUGCAGUAUGUUAAGUUCUGCCCAAAUUUAGACAAAGCAAUGUUUUCUGCUGAGAACAUUUUUGUACUGUGAGUUGUACAUUCAGUUUUGUGGACAAAGGUGAAUGGUAAUACAUUUGAAACUGUUGUCAAGAUUUCUGUUCUGUCUUUUAAAUUAAAAUACUGAAAUGUU